UGUUCCCAAUCGGUCCAGCAAAAGGAUAGGUAGUCAAUGGAUCAGUGGAUAGCUGCUUCCAAGAGUAGUUUGUUAUUCGAGACUGGUGAGGCAGAAAACAUGGGCUCCACUGUUGAGAAGAUCCAAGUGGCAGUGUGAGAAUGAGGCUGGUGUGGAAAUCCCUGGACAAGAUGAGGUGUCUGAGGAAACGUACCACCAUCCCCUUCCUCGGCUUCCUCAUUACCUUCCUCCUCUUUCUGAACCUCUACAUGGAAGAUGGCUACGUCCUGGAAGGAGAUAAAAGGCAGCUCAGGGAAGCUUCGGUCCAUCCACCAAGCUCAGAGCGAUAUGCUCACACCUUCAGAGACCUCAGUAACUUCUCCGGCACCAUUAAUGUCACAUACCGCUAUCUCGCUGGGACGCCUCUGAACCGCAAGAAGUUUCUGACUAUUGGAUUGUCGUCAGUUAAAAGAAAAAGAGGAAACUACCUUCUGGAGACCAUCAAAUCCAUCUUUGACCAAUCAAGCUAUGAGGAGCUGAAGGAGAUUGUGGUUGUGGUCCAUCUUGCUGACUUUGAUCUGGUCUGGUGUGAGAAUGUGGUUCAGGAAAUCACCAGGAAGUUUGCUCACCACAUUAUAGCGGGACGGCUGUUGGUCAUCCAGGCCCCAGAGGAGUUCUACCCCUCUCUGGACGGCUUAAAGAGGAACUACAAUGACCCGGACGACAGAGUCCGUUUCCGUUCCAAGCAGAACGUGGACUAUGCUUUCCUCCUGAACUUCUGCACAAACCUGUCACACUUCUACAUGAUGUUGGAGGACGACGUGCGCUGCUCCAGGAAUUUUCUGACAGCGCUGAAAAAGGUGAUCACCUCCAGAGAAGGCUCCUACUGGGUGAUGAUGGAGUUCUCGAAGCUGGGCUACAUCGGUAAGCUCUACCACUCCAGAGACCUGCCUCGCCUGGCUCAUUUUCUCCUCAUGUUCUACCAGGAAAUGCCUUGUGAUUGGCUCCUCAUCCACUUCAGGGGACUGCUGGCUCAAAAGGAUGUGAUUCGCUUCAAACCCUCGCUCUUCCAGCACAUGGGUUAUUACUCCUCCUAUAAAGGAGUGGAGAACAAACUGAAGGACGACGACUUUGAGGAAGACUCCAUUGACAUUCCUGACAACCCCCCUGCCAAUAUUUACACAAACAUAAAUGUCUUUGAGAACUAUGACGCAACCAAAGCCUACAGCACGGUGGAUGAAUACUUUUGGGGAAAGCCUCCCUCUACUGGAGAUUUCUUUGUCAUAGUCUUUAACAAAUCGGCCAAAGUUAGCAAAAUUAAGAUUGCUACUGGGUCUGAUGACCGUCAGAACGACUUUCUUCACCACGGAGCUCUGGAAGUAGGGGAAAAAUUAGUUGGGACUAAAAAAGGAAAACAGUGCUCUUCUUACAUCACGUUAGGGGAGUUUAAAAAUGGAAACAUCGAAGUUCAAGAUGUGGAUCACAAGAUUUCUUUUGACAUUGAAUGCAUUCGCAUCGUGGUGACAGCAAGCCAAAAAGAAUGGCUCAUUAUCAGAAGUAUCAGUUUAUGGACUACACAACCCCCCAGCCAAUGAGAACUGUACAACCUCCCCUCUUAGUGACCCAUACAGGCAGUUUUUAUCAUUUAUAUUAUUAUUAAUGUGUUUUCUAGGUUAAAUUUAUUCAUUUUGUAUGUAUUGAUUUAUUUUUCUUGCCAAAUCAGUUUGUGUUUUUAUACUAAAAUGCUGUAACUUUAGUGGACCAUUUUCACAGGCAUUCUCAAGGACAUUUGACCUGACCUCAGUCUAUUAAAUAAUCAUAGCUUAUUCCAUAUAUUGUUGUAUUUGUAUAAAAAAAAUUAUUGACCAGUACCUUAUUAAAGUAAAUAAACUUAGCUGUAAAAGUGAGGAA